AUGUAUGUGUCACAAGCAAUCCAACCAAGGGCCCUGGUUGAGGCUGGGGUCAAGAAUUGCUUCGUCAACCUGGGUUCGGACCAUCCUAGUAUCUUGGAGGCCAUGGUCAGGGGCCAAAAGGAGAUGCCGGAUACCUUUCCCAAGAUCAUCACAUGCCCGAACGAGAUGGUGGCUCUGUCUAUGGCUGAUGGCUAUGCCAGACUGAGCGGAGAGGCUCAGUGUGUCAUUGUGCAUGUGGAUGUUGGCACGUCAGCUCUAGCGGCUGCUAUCCAUAAUGCAGCCAUGGGGCGCGCCCCUGUUCUCAUUUUUGCUGGCCUCUCGCCUUACACCAUUGAGGGAGAGGUUAUCGGGUCAAGAACCGAGUUCAUUCACUGGAUCCAGGAUGUGCCUGACCAGAAGCAGAUCGUCUCCCAGUACUGUCGGUACACUGGAGAGAUCAAGACAGGCAAGAAUGUCAAGCAGAUGGUUCGACGUGCUAUUCAAUUGGCCACCAGCCACCCACAGGGUCCUGCCUACCUAAUGGGAGCUCGCGAAGUGAUGGAGGAGACCAUUGAGCCGUAUUCUAUCAACCCUGCCUACUGGAAGCCUGUUGCCCCAUCUGCUCUUCCCCAAGAUGCUGUCCAAGAAAUCGCCGACGCACUAGUCAACGCCUCUGACCCACUGGUUAUUGUAGGCUUCACUGGCCGCAAUCAUGCGGCAGUCGAGCCCCUUGUUUCACUGGCCAAUACUAUUAAGGGUCUGCGUGUUCUUGACACAGGUUGCUCGGAUAUGUGUUUCCCAGCGGAUCAUCCAGGCUGGCUGGGCAUGAAGUAUGGAGUCGAUUCUGCAAUCGAGAACGCAGACGUCUUUCUCAUUCUGGACUGCGAUGUUCCAUGGAUCAACAAGUUGUGCAAGCCUAAAAGCUCAGCAAGAAUUUUCCACCUUGACGUCGAUCCUCUCAAAGAGUCUAUGUUGGUUUUCUACAUUGACGCCGAGCAGAGGUACCGCGUGGACGCUGAGAUAGCCCUCAGGCAGAUCACCGAGUAUCUGCAAAGCAACCUGACAGAGAAGCUAUCAAGUGUCGAGUUCGAUCGCCGUGCCCAGGCGUUGUCAGAGUCUUACAAAGAGCGUAUUCGUACUCUCGACGAGCGGUCCAAGCUCCCGGACUCUGGAAAACUCACAACCGACUAUGUUUGCGCCACACUACGUCAAAAACUGCCCCAAGAUACAAUUUGGGCAGUAGAGGCGAUUACAAAUGCCAUAUUUGUCUCGGAUCAGGUCCGAGCAACCAUCCCAGGGCAGUGGAUUCACUGCGGAGGUGGAGGUCUCGGCUGGAGCGGUGGUGGUGCUUUGGGAAUCAAGCUUGCUGCAGAUGCUUCUGAUGCCUUGAUCCCUGGCAAGCGUAAGCGAUACGUAGUACAGAUUGUUGGUGACGGAUCUUACAUGUUCAGCGUCCCGUCUAGUGUGUACUGGAUCUCUGCGCGUUACGGGAUCCCUAUUCUGACCAUUGUCCUCAACAAUCUUGGCUGGAACGCGCCUCGCCGGUCGAUGCUUCUCGUCCACCCCGAUGGGCCUGCCUCACGAGCGACGAAUGAGGACCUCAAUAUCUCGUUUGCGCCGAGCCCAGACUAUGCUGGUAUUGCCAAGGCCUCUAGCAAUGGGCUAAUAUUUGGUGCUCGAGCAGCUGAUUCUACCGAGUUUUUGGAGGCACUGCAGGGGGCCAUGGAGAGUCUCGAUCGGGGCGUUUCAGCUGUAUUAGAUGUUGCUAUUUAG